AUGCUCUUAUCAUCUCUGGCUCUAUUCCUCCUACUGCCUGAUGCGGGCGGAGCUAUACCAACACAUGGCGAGAAUCCGUUGCCGCCGGAACAUCGUGGUCUCUAUGGCGUAAAUGUUCCAUGUCCUCAAAGCAAAAGCGUUGAGCCUUUCCCCAGACCACCACAGCUACUGCGUUACCAGGCCGGCACCGCGUCCAACAUGAACGCCCAGCUAAAGAAGCGCCAGCCACCGCCGCCGCCGCCGCCGCCGCCAAAAGACGGGACGACGACCCAGCGCCAGCCUGAGGUCCCGGUCGAAGGCCCAAAGUUUAAGAUACUCUGGCGUGGUGAGAUUUUCAGAACGCCAGAAGAUGUCGAAGCCGUCGGUGGUUUUGAUUCUCACGCCAAAAGAAUUUUCGACGGUAAACACCCUGACUACCCAGGGGGCAUGACCAAUGAGAUGUUCCAUAAAGGGAGUAGCCUCUAUGAACACGGCACCUAUAAGAAUCCUUUUUCUCACUACAUUCCGACGAGCACAUCCGAGGAGGAAGCCAGGAAAUUUGCGACGAAGCCGGAUCCAAACAAGUCCGGGUACCUGUAUAAGAUUCGCUCCAGCCCAGACAUGGUCGACGUGAGCGGGUCUCUUGGCGGCACCCGGCAUUACAAAAAUGCCCAUGAACGUGAAGUAGCGGGCGUCUAUGACAUACCUUGGAGGCAAGUAGAGGGCUGGCAGAAGUCGACGUAUAAUCCCAUAACCAAAGGCUAUGAAGUAGGCGAGUUCGUGCAGAACCCCAAAUUCGCGCCGGUAGAUGGUGCAGGAACCUAUUCAAGUCAACCUUCACUUGCUGGGUUCCCCGAGGGCCACCUUGCAUGGGGCGAGAAGCCGUGGGCACAGUUCAAGGAUGUUCCGGUCGAGGGCAUGCUAAACGAAUAUGUCCUCAAGCACCGUUUGAACAACGACAUGGAGGCAUUCAAUAAGCUGCGGUCCAGUCCAUGGCGCAGUUUGCCUUGUAGCGGUCAUCUUGUCAAAAAGAAUUCAUGCCUGUGGACCGACGUUGAUGGGGACCCCAAUGCGAAAAUGGCGAGGCUGGCCAAGAAGAUAUCGGACAAUGAGUUUCAGGCACUCAUGACCAAGCAGAAACUCAUACCUGCUGCUGACCGCUGGAAAAAACCGCUCUCUGAAAUCCGGACAAAUAUCGUGGAGCCGCUGGUAUCUAAACUAAAACCGCCUCGCUCUGUAAUAAAAGGUCUUCCUGGAGCCAACAUACUACCUGGGCCAAUUGAGCUUACUAGUGUUGUCUUAACGACGGCAUUCACCCCAGAAAUGACUGACCUGGACCGGGCCAGAAUUGGAACAUCCCUCUUGCCCCUGGUGGGUUGUGCUGUGGGUGCAGCGGCCGAUGGGCAAGAUGGUAAGUUUACUUCAUUAGAAGGAAUCGACGCCGCCUUAUGCUUUAUUGGCGACGCAUUAUUGCUAGGUGGUGUUACUGCUCCGCUUAAGGCGGUGAUGGACUUUAUCCGAACGUUUGUCGCCGUUUUAACUAUGGGAGAACCGAAGACCGCCAAGGCUAGCCGCGAUGAAGGAUGGGCCAGCCUUGUAGACAGUCGCAUGAUUAAACUCGUCUCAGAUAAGGCAUUUCGGAUCCAGUUAGAGAGUUCUGUGGCUCUAGACGCAAUGGUACUUGCAUCCUACAGCGCGCAUUGGAUUGGGGAGUUGGUUGCGAAUGCGACUAUCGAGUGGAAUACGACUAUCGAAGGGAAUACGACUACCGAUUUAGAUGCGACCAACUUGCCAGUUAAUGUACGCGAACAAGUACAUACAAUUAGAUCAGAAGCAUCGGCCCAGAUCCUGCGCCGCCAGCGCCAGUUCCUGCUCGAGGAGGUCUGUGUUAACUUCGCGGCUACUAUGAAGUCUGUGGCCAGCGAGUAUAACAAACAAUUCAUCGAGAAAUGGGUGUCCUCACAAUCUCCACCACCACAGACCGGAUCGCUGUCCUUCAAGAUCCAACUGGACAUCUAUUACGAGGACUUGAAAGAAACCAAGCAAAAGCUACAAAAUGAACUGCCAGCGGCCCCUAGCAAUUUCACUCUGGCGUAUUACAUUGGCGUUGCUGCAGGAAUCCACGGAGAUACACCACGAAGAAUUGACGACUCCAGUGCCAAUGGAUUCGCGCUGGGUUCCGCCAGCAGGAUCACGGCUGUCAGAAGAGAAGUGAUUGACCCCGUCCAGUAUUACAUUGACCAUGCUGGAAAGGGGGACCCAAAAGAAGUAGUAAGUCGCCACACGCUGGCCGUUGCACAUCUUUUUCUGGGUAAGAUUACUGAAGACGGCCUUCCCGACGAUACUACGGGGCUAUCCAACGUUCGGGAAUUUCAAAUGCUCAUUGCUAUGAAUAUUGGAAGGUUGUAUGCGGAUUUCGUAGGAAGGGGCCAUUUCAAGCCUGGGCAGUAUCUUGACUCCGACAGUACAACUAAUGACACCAUGAUUCUUGAGAAUAUAAGGAUUCUUGACAGGCAGAGUAUGAUCGAAUAA